GUCGUAUUCGAAUGGGCGGUGCAUUCGCUCGCCGUCACCCCUCCCAACACCGAUUGCUCGAGCCUGUGGCGGCGCAAGUCUUUCGCACUAUCACCACAUGGCGCCCGUUUCCCUAUUUAGAUUCAUCGUGCUUGAACCAAAAAAACGCCAUAAUUUUCCUAGUCUGAAUCCCGUUUACUCCUGAGGAUCUUCGUGGUGUCUUGGUGGAGACCCGAAAGUAUGUUAAGACACCUAAGCUUUCCCCAUCGCUUCAACCUGUGUCUCUCGCACACACAAGGCAUUGUUCACGGCGUUAUGAUUGUUGUUCCUUUUAAAGCUUUGUCCCGAUGAUAUCCACACCUACAGCUUCGCCGAAGUCUCGUCUCUAUUGCUGUGGUUUUUCUUUUUGGAUUUUAUGGAUUUCCUUGACUCUCGCCCCGUUCGUUGCAUAAGUCCGGAUAACUCCUCACACAAUGUCAGCUCUUGUAGCCCACCCUGCACAGUCCUCAGCAAGGGUCUCUCGUGUAAACCAAACUUCUCAGGCGGAAUUCACAAAUCGUCUCAAGCACCUGCAGCGAAGCAAGCCUGUGAAUGCUUUCGAGCUUACGCGGCGCCUGAAUGCAGCCAUCGCUGAAUCACAGAGUGGCGUACAGUCUAGAAGAAGAAGGCUUGUCUACACAGGAGACGACAAUGGCGAAGAUUCACACUCAGGAUCAUCCUCCAAGGCACCUACACCAAGACAACAUACCCGCCAGACAAUCACCAAUCCCAUGGACAUCGCACGAUCAAGCUUGAUCAUCACGGAUCAGGAGGAAGACGAUGAUCCAAUGUCCAGAGUAGCGAAAGCUCUCAAGGCUUGUCGUGACGCCGACCCUGAAAAAUCCGUACUCAAGUCAGCGCCCGGGAUGGAUGAUGACAAGAGGCAACACAAGGCAUCUCCUAUAGAAGCAUGGAACGAGUUUGCGAAAACUGCACAGACUCACACGUACCAAUCAAUCGUCUUUUCAAAUCCCUGGGCAGCUGACGUCGACUCCCGGCUGGAGUCAAUAGAACGUCCAAAAAGCGCGGUGCCGUUGCCGCACAUUUCAAACGCGAUGAUGAAGCGAAAGACACGAAAAGUUCCUCCACCUCUGAUACUGACAGUUGUUCCGAAAGUUGCUAAGGCUGAAAUUGUGGACGUCUCAUCCCCCAUCAAGACGAAGCUGCCAUCGAAGCUACCUGACCUUGAGCCCCUGUCGCCCUUUAGUUCAAGUUUCGUCGAGGAUACUGGUUCAUUCCUGGUAUAUCAGUCGGAUGAGAUCCGCCACUCUACUCUGAGUUCAGGUGUGAAUAGUCUCGCGAACGCCGGAGGAACGACUUCAGAUUCUCCAGUGAAAGCUAUCGUGCCGUUGGAUUGUGACACAGCGCCAUCAGUUAAGUCGCAGGAUUCCUCUCAAACACAAGCUAAGUCGCAACAAGCAGCCAACAUAGGAUUGAGCAGAUACGCAAGAGACGAUCGCAAGGAACAUCAUGACACAUGUUCUUCCGCGCUUGGCAGGGAUUUGGACGGUAGAGCAAUACUGAGAACUUCUGAAGGAAUACGUGUAGCCAGCUUUGUGCUGUCCGAGAAAAGCGAGACAGAGGGGGCGGAUGAGCGGAGUGAGCGGGCAGUUACUCCCAUUUUUGAUCCAAGUAUUGUGCAUAGCUCCAGGACAAGUUUUGGACAGCCCACUACAGUGCCCCAGGCAGAGCUCAAGUGUAUGCCCUCGAAGAGAAUAGAGCGCUCUACCGAAGAUAUCAUCGGCCCGAUUAGCAAAACUGCUCUCUCUCAGACCUUGCCCGACGCUUCACCUUCGAACUUGCCGUCACCACCAGUUUCGCCUCUGCCACAAGGCAUGGACUACGAGGCUGCAAUCGGCGAUCAUGACGUCUCCCCUUUAGGCUCGCCAACCUUGACGGCUCCACCUAGACGUGUUUCGUUGUUACCACAGGUUGAGCCUCAGAGUCCCGGCGCGAAACGCUUCUCGAUUCCUCGCAAACCGGUCAAUUCUGGUACGUUCGACGUGCUGGGGCAGGAUGUCGCGGCCAUGCGAGCGCCCCAGCCUCGCUCUGUGCGACAUGAUUCGACAGGCUUUAUAGUUGCUAAAGAAUUUAUUCGUAAUUCGGUGGAUAGCGAGCCUUUACGUUUAGUGCACAGUGCAGCUCAUCGGGGCAGCGAUUCCAGCUCCACACAUCCGGAACCGGUGUCCAGACCAUCGCCGCUACCCAAGCUAACAACACCAGGCCUGAAACGGGCCAAUUGGGAGUUAAUCGCAGAUGGAAUUGCCCUGAUGGACUCAGACAGUCCGAAUGUGGCAAAGUACACUCAAAAAUUGUCCACUUCAACAAACCCGUCAUCCAGACAGCCAUCGUACAUUAAUGAGCUUGAAGCGACCCCCGAUCAACACAGGCAGAAAUCCACUCACAACCACAGCCCGCGAGUCGAAUCUUUAUCUCCUGCGCUUAAUCCAGCGCAACAGCUGCGUCCGGCAUUAGAAGAUCUAAGAGAAUCAGAAGCGAUUCCGUUGAAGCGUGCAGCAUCACGGGAUCGAAGACACACAGACGCCACGGUCACGUCCAUGUGUACGAGGACUGAUUACCGUGCCCGUCCACUUAUACAAGACUCCGCCGAGACGCCAGCGCCGCAUCGAAGACCACGUACGGCGCACAGCAAGAUGCCCGAGUUCGUAACAGUUUCCACCGUUCCGCCAAAAAUGCCGACCAAAAUCAAAUUUCCGCCGCGCGCUAACGUGGUCGAGCUGGGCGUGAUGAGUCCGGAGAGUUUAAAGCUACUACAUGAACAAGAGGCGCUUUUGCGGAAGCGCUACGACGCUGUACUCAACCCUAUUGACGACGCUCUAAAAAAGAAAUACGCUCCUUCUUCGGAGAAACCAGCCACAAAGGAUAUCGACCAGGAUGUUACCCGCUACCAGGAACAGAUUGAGAGAGAGCAGGCUGCCAUACGUAUGCAGCGGCGGUACCUCGGCGCCGCAGUGACACGGCCCAGUGCUCCUGAGCGUCCUCCAUAUGACGACCAGAUAUCUCCAGUGGUGCAGCAUCAGCACCAAAAGUUGACGUCCGGGGAGCCCAUUGGCCUGCCCGGAGGUCUCCCACACUCGAAUUCUCAAUCACAAUGCGCCUUAUCGGCUGAGGAUGACACGCAGGGGAGACGUAAGAAGGGCAAAUGGAAAUUCUGGAAAGUAAAAUAGGCUGGUCCUCUUAACUAAUUUAGUAAUAUCGUAGAUCGGAUGAAACGAGAUUAUCUACGAAGUUAUUCACCAACGUUUUGAUCCCAGUAUCUACCAGGACUACUUCUUUUAUGUACACUAAGCCGACUGAUUUUCGUUCAGAUGAAUCAACUGCCUACGAGAACUUGGAGACUACUUCUGCAUCGCCUUGGUGUGAAAGAGUGAUUGAUGGAGGAAUCGGUACAAUGUUCUUGUUGACAAAAAGCUGCAGUGUAUGACAAUGACAAAGUACUAUGCCUAUGUUCUUAAUAA